UAAACGGGUGAUACGUGAGUUGACACAAACAUGACUCAAAUUGCCGUCCCUACAGUCCCUCGCUACCGUCCGCAGACAUCAAAGCUUGCCCCGCCGCCCUUGCCAUCCUCCCGCUCGUCGAGCCUUCGCGAUCCAGCCGAUGGAUCUCGCGACACCCACCUGCGAACGCCAAGACCCAACAUCAUAGUUCUCACAUCCGUCGGUCUCUCGACACCCCUCGCCUUUCACGGCAGUCAGAACGGUGGGUUGGCAACCCAUGCAAGGGGCAUGAAAGAACGCCGAGACCCGCGUCGAAAUAUUCGGAUUUGCCUCGCCGGAAUCUGGGUUUUACGUCGCCGGGAUCUGGGUUUUGCCUUGCAGCCUCGCCGGAAUCUGGUGUUAUAUAGAAACUAUUUUUUUUUUUGA